AAGGCAGAACUCUUUUAUCUUUAACUCACCACCCAUCAGAGUUGGCGCUGUAAAUGUGUCACGCUUAUACACUCAGAAGUGUAUUUGUACUCUUUGUGACCUUGUGAAUAUUAUUGUUCUUUAGAAUAAUUGUACUUAAAAAAAAAGUACUUAAUUUGUUUUAUUUGAAGUAGGUUGUACUUUUGUGCAUCAGAAACAUGUAGACCAGAAUUUGCACCUUCAAAAAGAGUUCAGAAUGGAGGAGGAGGGUCUUUAAAAGGGAAAUUUGGAGAAAUGUGGAACAGAACUGUGGUUUUGAGUUCGCUGGAACAGAGGAGAGAAAAACAGCGAUGACAGUCGUAAGAGUGGCCUUAUGCUUUCUGAUGAUUCAAAGCAUCUUUAAAGAUAUAACAGUGAAGACAGAAACAAUGGAUGUUUGUGCCUCUUGCCAUAAAAACGCCACCUGUAAUGAUAAAACGGAUGGAUCUGGGGGGAAAGUGUGCAACUGCAUGUAUGGAUUUGUUGGCAAUGGGAGGACCUACUGUCAAGAUAAAGAUGAGUGUCAGCUGGGUAAAAUCUGUGGCGAUCACACCAAGUGUCACAACACAUACGGCAGCUAUUACUGCACCUGUCUCGCAGGCUACAGCCCAUCCAAUCACAUGAACACAUUCAUACCCAAUGAUGGAACGUACUGCCAUGAUAUAGACGAGUGUGGCGUGCAGGGGGUCUGUGGUGAAGGAGGUCUCUGUCACAACACAGAGGGAGAUUUCACCUGCUCCUGUCAGACAGGUUACACAGUCCAGGAUGGGUCAGAGCCCUUUAAUCCAAACUGGGAUGCAGCUUACUGCAAGGUGAUAGACUGUGGAUCUCCUCCAUCAGUCCUCCACGCUGAGCAGCUCUCCCCCACGAUCACACACUACAACAGUGAACUCCAGUACGGCUGCAGAGAGGAAUUUCAGUGGAAGAGAGGACAGAAUUCCUCAGUCUGUGGUCUGGAUGGAAAAUGGCACGGACCCAGUCUGGUCUGUGAAGAGGUGGACUGUGGGGAGCCUCAUGUUUUUCCUCAGUCAACAACGGUUUGGAAUAACAUCUCACGCAUGGGAUCAUUGGCACUGUAUGUGUGCGACCCACAUUUUUAUAACAGUGGGCAUGAGAAUGUAUCAGUAUGUACUGCUCAUGGGACAUGGAGUCGUCCUGACUUCCAGUGUGAAGAGAUACAGUGCGGUUCUCCUCCGGUCCUGCCUCACUCGGUGUUAUUCUGGAACGGUGUCAGUAAGAUUGGUUCUGUGGCUCUGUAUGGCUGUGAUGUUGGAUAUCGCAGUUUGGUUACAGGAAAUGUGUCUGUGUGUGAAAGUGAUGGUCAGUGGAGUAACCCAGACUAUUCUUGUGAAGAGAUUGUGUGUGGGGAGCCGCCUAUAAUGCCCCUCACUGUGCACAUAUGGAAUGGCAGAGUCACAUUUAACAGCACUGUAACAUAUCACUGCAAACACGGUUACUAUCCUAAACAAGGACUUAAUAUAUCUGUGUGUGCUGAGAAUGGUUACUGGACAAAACCAGCUCUUUUGUGCGAAGAGGUGAAGUGUGGAGUACCGCCCUCUCUCCCCCUCUCUGUUAUGAUAUGGAGAGGACAGACUAAAGUUGGAUCUAGUGUGUCUUAUAAGUGCAUUGAGGGAUUUUAUAAUGUUAGGAAAGGAGAUACAUCAGUGUGCGAUUCAGAGGGAAUCUGGAGUCAUCCUGAUUUUCUGUGUCAAGAAGUAGACUGUGGCGUCCCCGUCUCACUACCUCACUCAGUUGUGUUGUGGAAUAACAGCUCCAGUCUGGGCUCUGUGGCCCUUUAUGUGUGUGAAGCUGGAUAUCGUACUGUGGGUGAAGGAAAUGUGUCAUUGUGUAAGUCAGACGCAAAGUGGAGCAGAGUUAACAUGAGAUGUGAAGAGAUAAACUGUGGGCCUCCCCCAGAAUGCCCACUAACAGAUAUACUCUGGAACAAAGCAUCUACGCUGGGCAGUGUGGUUCAGUACAAAUGUAAAUAUGGACUCAAACAGCAGAGUGACAAAAACAUGACAACAUGUACAUCAGAUGGAACAUGGGAAAAAGUGUUUGUAACAUGUACAGCACACUGUGGCCCUGCACCAGAGGUGCCACAUGCAGAGGUAGCAUGGGACAACAGCACUGCAGUGAUCCACCGCUGUGUUAAAGGACACUACAGACACACAGGAAGUGACAUUUCAAUAUGUGACAUCACUGGAAAGUGGCAGAUAGCCACUCUGCAUUGCAAAGAGUUGAAACUGACAGUUAACAAUCUGGUGGUGAUUAAUGAAAGAUGCCUGCGCUGGAAUGCAGAGAAUGAGGGUUAUAGGGAGAAAUACACAGUGACAUUUUUUGGAUUGCGAGACUUCGAGCAGCUGUUCAGUGACAGGAGAAAAAACAUCUUUAGCUCCUCUGCCCUGUGGCCUGUUCUCUGUUUGAAUCUCUUGCCUGCCACAAACUACACCAUAACCAUUACCGCCGAGUCCACACGAGCCACGUCUACAGUUACAGCAAACACUAGCAUACCAGUCCCCCCCACACCAGAAAUCAAAUACAGUGAAGUAGAAGCUUCAUCGCUCACUCUCAAAUUACGGAGGUCGACCAACACACUUGACUCAAUAUGCAUGUACCAGGUGUUUGUGAUACCAGUCGAGGGUGUGAUGCUGUUUGACUGCAGCUCAUCCAUAAGUCCACGCUUCCUCGCGCAGCAGAGAUGUGACAGAGGCUACGUCACGGCCCAGAUACAGCUCAGUGGUCUGGCUGCAGAAAUCAACUUCACUGUAGGAGAUCAGCAGCUGUAUGGAGACUUCUUCAACGCACCUCUGGAAAAUGGAAGAGACUAUUAUAUUAUCCUCCGCACUGUGUGUCAGUGGGGAAAGUCUAGAACACAGUCCUGCGUGAUCUGGGCUAAAGCCAGAGGAACAUCUUACAUCAUGAAGAUAUCUGCUCUUGUAACUGUUGGAUCCAUAGGUGCUGUUGGCUCAGUCUUUGUCAUGGGAUACUGGUACAGCUGGUACUGUAAAAAGUCCAGUCCCAGAUUUAUUUCUGCAGCAAUAUAAACCAUCUUAACAUGUUAUACUGAUUCCUUGAAAUAAAGGCGAUUUGUUAUAAAA